AUUAACAGGACAACCUGAAAACUUUCCAUUUUCCUACUUCUUUAGCUUGAAAGAGGAGGCACUAAGUAUUUUAGAUUACAAGUGAAAAAGAAAAGGAAAAGAACUUCAAGAAAAUGGUUCUUUUCUCUGCCAUUUUAAGUUGCUUUGUUCCUUCAUCGUCUUCAAGAGUUUCAGAUGAUGCAGAAGCCUGUAGCGGCAGCAGCAUGAAAGUGUCUAAUAACGAGAAGCCCAGAAGCAAAUCAAGAUCAUCAAGUGCUCCAAUAAUAGUUUCUUACUUCCCCAUGAACUCUUAUAUGUCAAGGUUAUAGCCAAGUCGAUUACUUUCUUCCAAAUGGUCUUCAACACUUGCACUUUAAAUGGCUGGCAAACACACCAAAUACCACAGCACAGAAAAGGAGGAAUAUCAAAUUUGAUGAAUGAUUGGUUCUUCAGAAUGUAUGUAGUUGUAUAAUUUUGUUUUCUUUUUUAUUUGUGAUUGGUAUGUUAUUAAUUGGAUCUUUUAAUUAUUUUUUCUAAAGCAAUAAAUGGAUUAUUAUUCCAUAUCA